AUGUUCCGUUCCGCUGUUGUCCGCUCAUUGAGGGCCUCCGUGCCUCGUGCUAUGAAGCCCCAGGCUGCCUUCCAGAUCCGUAGCUCUCCCGUGGCUCGCCCGGCUCAAUUCGCCCCUCGCUUUGCUUUCCAGGCUGUCCGUCUCUACUCCGCCCCUGCUGGCCUUAGCAAGGAUGAGGUUGAGGGUCGGAUAGUCAACCUCUUGAAGAACUUUGACAAGGUCACUGAUGCCAACAAGAUCAACGGCGCCUCUCACUUCUCGAACGACCUCGGACUCGACAGCUUGGAUACCGUUGAGGUGGUGAUGGCUAUUGAGGAGGAAUUCAGCAUUGAGAUCCCUGACAAGGAGGCGGACACUAUCCAUAGCGUGGACAAGGCUGUCGAGUACAUCCUUGCUCAGCCCGAUGCCCACUAG